GCAGGUGCACCACCACAACAACCAUUAAUAUCAGCACCGAGGCCACCGCGGCUACUGAGGCUGGAGACAGGCCUGCACUGAUCGGUUUCCAGAUAGAGGAACAUCACCUUUCAUCUGCUUCGUUGUCCGGAGGCUUUGUCGACAUGACUCUCAACCAGAACAACUCGGAGUCCGGCGGAGUCAUCAUCAACAACAGCGAGAGCGUGUUGAUGAACUAUGAUAACGUGGAGCUGGUUUUCUGUGACGCUGACACUCUGCCUGAAGCCUUCAGAAAGAGCAAGAAGGGCAGCAUCUACCUAACUCCGUACAGGGUGAUCUUCCUGGCUAAAGGUCGGGAUGCGCUGCAGUCCUUCAUGAUGCCCUUCUACCUGAUGAAGAGCUGUGAGGUCAAACAACCUGUGCUGGGAGCUAAUUACAUCAAAGGCACAAUCAAUGCAGAGCCUGGAGGUGGCUGGGAAGGCGCCGCUAGUUUCAAGCUCAUCUUUGCUGCAGGAGGAGCCAUAGAGUUUGGCCAGUACAUGCUGCAGGUUGCGGCUCAGGCGUCCAGAGGUCAGCCAGCCACUCCUGGGUUCGGUGGAUGCCCCUACAUGGCCAACGGAGCCUACUCUUACCCUCCUCCCCCCGCCAACGGGAUGUACCCUGCUGGACCUCCACCUGGCUACUCCUACCCCAUCCCUCCUCCUCAAGGUGGAUUCUACCCCAACCCUCCAGCGUUCGAUGCCUCUGCGGCCUACAUCCCUCCACCUCCGUACUCUGCUCCUCUGGGCCAGCAGCCCCCCCAUGACCCAGACCUCCCCUCCACAGCAGCAGCGGAGGCCAAAGCAGCCGAGGCAGCAGCGAGCGCCAGCUGUGCCACGCUGCCUCCUACACAUGUGUACCUGCCGCAGGACAAGCCCCCUCCUUACUCCCCUCCAGAAGACAAGAAGAACCAGUAGACCGUCAUUCCCGGACCACCUCUCCUCUCCUUCCUCUCUCCUCCUACUAACCCCAGGACAUCCAGAAGGACGACGCUUUCUUUCUGAACAUUGCUUCCUUCCUUCCUUUUUUCCCCCUUCUUUUUAUUCUUGACCCCUUCUGACUCAUUCCUUUUUCUCAUUCUAUCGCUUUUCCCACUUCAGCUCAUUCCGUUUUAAUACUUCAUAUAAUGUAACCAGCUUCAUUCUCCUUACAAGCACCUUUUACUCGAUGGAAGUCAGAAGUAUGAGUAGUGAUCUUUUAAGAGAGAUGAAGGCCAAAGUCGUCAGGUUUCGGAGGCUUUUUUUUCCCUUUUUCGGCACAGUCGACUAAAACUUCGUAGCCUGACUAGCUAGUUAAUCAUUAAUCGUGAUACUGCCACCCUAAAAAACUGUAGAUUAAGCUCCUGCUGCGACACUAACUUAUAAUUUUCUACAAGGAUCAACCCUGGACUGAACCGAGCGAUCCAGAGGCUAAAUGCAGUCUUUUAUUUUUCUAUCAUUAAGUGUGUACAGGCUUUUAAUAUUCUAGACUUUUGAAGAAAAAAUGAGAUAUUUUCUCAAGAACACUAAAACCUAGAGAAGGGAAAAAAAAAAGCUUUUUGUAAAAGGGGGGGGAGGGGGGGCUACCUAGUGGGUGGUCUGGUCUGCUUUGACAUAUUUGUUGGAUGAGAGGGGGGUCAAGAUUAGAGCCCCCAGCAGUGGAUCCCUGAUCCUGGAUUAGAGCGGAGAGUGAGAGAAGGGGAGGGGUCGUGGCCUGGAGGCACGUACAGCCAGCCGGGAGGGAUUAUCUUUUCUUUUCUUUUCUUUUUCUAACGUGCAAGAGCAGAGCAGUCACCCAACGAUGUCACUUCCUGUUUCGUCAUGCCUCCGAACGUUCGAGAAUUAAAACAAAAAACAAAAAACAAAGAAAACCACACAUCAUUGUCAGACUCCGGACUCACCGCUCGCCUACUUCAGCCCUCAUUCUUCCGACGUACAUUUUCUAAA